CUUUCACGUAGCAUCUUCGAAACUCAAAAUGUCAGCCGUUAUCUCGGAAAGAUCUUACGCUCCUGCCGUCCCGUCGCCCUUGAACCCCGCGAGUUGCCGCAUGAGCCGUCCCAGGAACUCUCGACGGGGCAGCAGGAUCAUCAACCGAGCCCACACGCCCCCGUUGACACUCAGCCCGACCCAGCGCCUCUUAAGGCAGAAGGCAGCGGCGGCGUGGAAGUCGAAGACUCUUCUCGCCGUGAGGGCACCCGAGCCAGAACCAGAUCACCCAGACCAAGAUAUCCACGUCACACGGACGGGAUCCGACGAGACCCGCGAGGAGAUCCAGACGCAUAGCAACGAGGAACGCCCAGCGAUAGACCUGGAGAAUGGGACGGGACUUCCCAUACAGGAUUCACACCCGGGCGAGAAAGGUCCUCUCGACGCCGAUUACUGGGUCGACAUGACGGGCGUUUCGGGCUACCUCACCCUGGGGCCCAGCGCCAUGGGAGACAUCCCUAGACAGCUCUCUUCUGGGCCACCCGCGUGGCGCGUCUUAUUAGUCAUUUGCCUAGCCAGCAUCUUCAGUCUCCUCCCCGCCUUACAACGCCAAUCAAUCCUGUGACAGGCAUCAACAAGUUCGUGGAAUUCACACAAGGAUAUCGAGAUCGAAGAGGGGGGAGAGGAUCGCUUUCUGAUUUUCAAGAGGAGUGAGCCGCGGUACGCUUAAGUGCCUUUUCAGAACCCAAACCGGGGUUAUCAGGCCACCUGUUUAUAUCCUUGUUUGCACCCCGUACAGUAAUAUACAUCGUCGUCGCUCAACAUCGUCGGGAUCUCCUUAUGGGAGUCGUUAUCUCAUCUUCUUGUCAUCUUGAUCGGCCUCGGUAUCGGAAUUCGAGGCUGGGGUUUGGGUGGAACUGGCCGAGGCCUCCUUGCUGGCCUCCUCGUUUUGCUUCUCGAUGGCGAUCCCGACCUGCCAGAUGGCUCGCUCGAGCUCGAUUUCAAGCUGGGGGAGGUCCAAUUCCUCCGUUAUCCCUUUGCAGUUCUCCUGGG